AUGGACUUGGUUGACGAAGAUAAGAAAUCUCAACUGGUCCAGGAAUCCAGCGAAGAUGUUCACCCUCCUCGUUCCAAAGCUCAGGUGCUGUUGGAUCGAGUAACUUACGUGCUCACCAAGUGGGGCAUUGAGACUAAUGGGAUACAACCGAUCCCACAAGAGGAACGAACGGACACUAGAUUAUACCAAAUGUUCUUCGUUUGGUUUUCGUGCAACUUGAACGUCUUGUCAUUUGGUACUGGUUCUGCUGGACCAGCGUUCUUUGGUCUGGGUGUACGGGAGUCGCUAAUAAUCAUCCUAAUCGUCGAUCUCGUAUCUUGUAUUUUUCCAGCAUACUUUUCGCUGUUCGGUCCCAAGCUCGGAAUGCGAUCUAUGGUCCAGGCACGUUAUACCUGGGGAUACUAUGGUGCCAUGAUCCCCAGCGCGCUCAAUGUCUUCUCCAUGCAAGGAUUUUUGAUCCUGGAUUGUAUUAUUGGAGGCCAGAUGUUAGCAAGUAUAUCGAAUGGCCACCUGAACGAUACGCUUGGGAUCGUAAUCAUAGGCGUAAUUUCGCUCGUGGUUACUUUCUUCGGUUAUCGUGUGAUACAUUGGUAUGAGAGUAUUGCGUGGAUCCCCAAUGUCGUUACCUUCAUCGUCAUGCUUGGUGUUGGAGGAAAGCAUCUGGUCGUUUCGGGGCCACCCGCCCCAGUAUCUGCGGCAAUGAUCAUUACAUUCGCCACAACAGUUGCGUCCAGUGUUAUCAGCUGGUGUACCGUAACACCUGACUAUGGUGUCUACCAUAUACCCAAUGCUUCAAAAUUCAGAGUAUUCUUGUACACAUACCUCGGAUUUUUCACCGCAAGCAUUGUCUCUCACAUGCUCGGUGCAGCAUUUGCGGCCUCUGCCCUCUCAGAUCCUACGUGGGAAACAGGAUUUGACAAUGGCAACAAUGUUGGUGGCCUUGUUGCAUCUGUUCUCGCACCCGCGGGUGGCUUCGGCAAGUUCUUGGUCGUCUUGAUCGCCCUCUCUAUACCCAGUGCAUGUGCGCCUACAAUGUAUACCUUCGCAUCAAGUCUCAUGACCGUAAACUACUACUUCGCCAAGGUUCCCCGAUACGUACCGAUUCUGUCACUGAUCAUCGUUCUCAGUCUGAUCCCAGUGGGCGUAGUCGGCGCGACACGCUUCUAUGCUACCUUCACCGAUGUCCUCAGUGGGUCCAUCUACCGCGUUGUUUCUGAUAGUCUCUAA